UCUUGUAUCACUGCCUUCUUGUUACUGAACAUUAUUUGCACUAAUGUGCAUCUACGUGUAUUUUACAAACGGCAGAGGAUGAAACUAAAUUCUAGUUUUGACGUAAAAUCGCCUACUUGUUUUGUCUAUUUGGUUUGCUACAUCAUCAUUCGACUGGAAGCAAACACUUGCCAACUAAUGAGUCAACUCUGGUUUUCUUUCUGAGCUGAUUAUGGUGAAUAAUAUAUACAACAGCAGACGAUGGCUAAAUGAAUAAUGCACACUGUUAUUUCCUGGAGAAGUCGACCAGAAGCACGCCGGUACAUCCGGUACGAGAAUCCCUGUAUAGUUCUUCUUGGCAACGCCAUUUGCUACGUAAUAUCCGGUCUCAUCCUAUUGGUCGUGGGGGUCAUCAUUACGUCACUUACAUUUCAAAAUUUGGAACGCUAUGAACAUGAGAAAACCGAGAGAUAUGCAGGUCCUAUACUGAUUGUUGUUGGGAUCUUAAUACUUGCUCGUGGUGCCUUCAGUCAAAUCAAAGCCAAGAGGGCCAACAGCCAACAGAGCUUUGUCAUCAGAAGUUACACAGGAGAGCUUCUGACUCGUCCUAUUAUGGAGUACAGCAGCAAUUCUUUAACAAUGUGCAGUGUUGGUAUUUCUGAGACGCACGAGUACCCAAGGUUAUCCAUAUAUGACGACGAACCACCUGCUUACCAUACCGUGAUUGGCAGUCAAUGUCACGUGGUCCAGACACGUGACGAAUCUACCCAAUCACCAGAAGAUUAUGCAGAUCCUCCACCCACGUAUGAGGAGUUUAUCCAGCAUGCAACUGACACCAACGAUACCUCGUCAGAGUCUAACAGUCUUCCAGAAAUCGCCUCGCAGAGCAAGAGUGGCCAUUGAAGUCCGCCAAAAGAAUAAGCUCUCUAUGCAAGACACCAUCAUCACCGGCUGCCAGUAUUCAUUUGUACAUGUAUAUAUUUCAAUCUCUGCCUACGGGAUUUUUGUGUCAAAACAUAAAUAAAAAAUGAUUAAUAAAGACACUUUUUUUAUGUUAUAGCAUGAUAUUAAAGAUGGAGCCUUGCUAGCAAUGUUAAAACUGUAUGUUGCAACUAAAGGAGUUUGGGGUGUCAAGGUUUUCGCAAAUAAAUACAAUGCG